CCAUUAAUUUCAACAAAAUUACAAAAUCACCAAAAACUAAAUUAGAAACCCUUAUUACAAACAACGUGGGCUCGGUGCAAAGGGCAUGAUUGCCGGCAGUGGCUGGCGUGCAAGCAACGUGGGUUCGGUGCAACAAGCAGGAAGGGCUGGUUCGGUGCAGCAGCAGGGGCGUAGGGGCAUGAUGGCUGGGGCGUGCAAGGGCUUGAUUGUGCGGGAUCUUGGUGCAAAGGAGAGAUCUGGGCACAGGAGGAAAGUUGUGGAUGCCAUGACUUGAUCAAUAAAGUCAUGAACAUUAU